AUAUAUAUUCUUUUGUUACUUUGAAGAUUAGACAUCUUUGGCAGAAGUUUGGGUGAUAUCCCAUUUCGUACUCAGUGGUUGAAAAUAGACAUGAUUUACUAAUUUUAGCUAAGUGACUAUUUAGAGAAGUGUUGUGAUAGGUGGCUAAGGAUGUGUUCCUAUAUUUUUGAUGCUCACAUAUUGUCUAUAUUUGCAGGGUGUGUUGGAAGUCGACAGCAUUAUCUUCCCGCUGUCAACGACGAUACAGAGUGACUUCCCUUAGAAGAGCGGGAAAUAGGAAUUACGUCACCGCAGCCUGUCGAAGCAUUAAGACAUCACCCAAAUUUCACAAAUCCUCUAACAACAACAACAAGAAAAAAAAAUGUAUUUACUGACACUUCCAAACAGAGAAGGCAAAGCUGCCUGCACUAAUCUGAUGUUCUCACUGCUACACCUAGGAAACCUGCAGGCAAUGAAAGAGGCCCUCUUCCCUGCUGAUACACUGUUUAGCCCAUGUACCAAAGAAGCAUAACCUAGCAUUGGUGUGAUCUAUACAGUGGAAAAAUGAGCUGCUGAUUACUUGGAUUUUAAGGCACAGUUUUACUGCCCAGUGAAAAAUCUCUGUGCAUUUCAUCCAAGGUACUAAGGUUUGUCUUCUGCAAGCUGGCUUCCAACUCUUUGUCAUCCUCUCGCUCAGAAAAUAUGGAUGAUCUCAUACCAUGUGACAUGGAUGUUGAUGUGAGUGAUGAAGAUGGAGACACGGCUAUUAUAUCUGCCGCCAGGUGUGAGAACUGGAAAGUUGUGUCACUUCUCAUGUCUGAACUUGUGGUUCUACCUGACAAGGACAUUGUGAUUGCCUUUCUGCAGAUACUGGGCCGUAGUGAGUACAUGAACAAAAACUGCGGACUGAGUGCUAAUAUUUUAUGCCUUUUAUGGGAGAACUUCAAGAAGACAAUACCAGAAUGUGAUCAUAAAGCCAUACAUAAUAUACUUAUUCUUGUUGCGGCCAAAGUGAAUUGUUGGUGGCUUGUCCAUGAAUUGCUUACUACUGAUAUUGAACUUAAUACUCUGGAUGAAGAUGGCAUGGGGCUUGUGCACAGGCUUGCCAAAGGCCAGACAAAUAAGCACAUUUCUCUUCUACUAAGGGUGAUUGAAAAGGGCGGCGAUAUUAACUUAAAGAAUGUAGAUGGUGACACAGCUGCACAUGUUGCAGUUAAAAGCCAAAACUGGGAGAUGAUUAACGACUUGUUAGAUAAGGGUGCUAGCAUCAAUAUUGUCAACAAGAAUAAUCACACUUUCUUGCACUUGUUGGCAUUGUGUUCUCCAUUGAAUAUUGCUUGCUGUGGAAAUAUCGAUGUCAUUUUCAAAUUGCUGCAGAAAAGCAGCCUGAACGUAGACACGCGUGACAGCAAAGGAAACACGGCCUUGCAUUUAGCAGUGAAAGAAGGAAACAAUCUGGUUGCAGAAAAGUUGCUGACACUUGGAGCACGCUGUGAUCUGCUGGAUGAAAAUGGUAGGACUGUGCUGCACUCGCUGGUGAUGCAGCAAAAUGCUGUUUUUACCUCUUCAUUGUUGAAGAAAGCUAUUGAAUCUGGCCCAAGCUUGGCAACUAAGGAUUCAGAAGGAAAUACAGCUGUGCAUGUAGCUGCAAAACUUAAGAAGUGGGAGUAUGUAAAUCUGUUAUUAGCUCAUGGAGCUAGUGACACAGAACCUGACAGGGAAGGCUGGACAGUUAUUGACAGGGUUGUCACAAAUGAGACAUCACCCAGUUGGGUCUACAGCACCAGAAGCUUCGAAGGAUUUUCACUCUGCCAGCAGCUGCAUUUGGCUGUCAGACUAGGACAGUGGAAUUUUGUGGGAAAAGUGGUAAAGAAUGGUGUAAAUGUUAACAGCCCUGACCGCUUGGGAUUUACAGUGCUUCAGAAACUUGUGCAGUUAGAAUGGAAUAAAACUAUAGAUGGGAUCCUCAGACUUUUGGUGAAUAGAAGGGCAGAUGUCAAUGUGCGAACUCCAGCUGGUGACAACCUUCUGCAACUAGCUGCAAAACACCAGAACUGGUCAGUUAUACGGUGGCUUUUGAAUAAGAACUUUAGUGUAUAUGAACCCGACAGCGAAGGAUUCUGUGUUCUUCAAAGACUUGCUGAAGAUAGAGCUAAAGAUUACCAAGCUCAUUUUCAUUUCUUCAAAAAAGAUACAGUAACUUUCUUUCGGGACUUGAAUGGUGACACGUUAUUGCAGCUGGCAGCAAAACAUAAAAACAUCCCUGUGGUGGAAUAUUUGAUUCAGCAAAAGUCUUUUGGAAACAUAAACCAACUUGAUAGUGAGGGUUUCAGUGUCCUUCAUCGAAUAGUACAGUAUAAGAGUGAAUUUUCAGAAAGUCGUCAAGAUUAUAUGGUUAAAUUACUUCUUAGCAAAGAAGCCAAGCCAUGCAUUUGUAACUCAGAGGGGGAUACAGCCCUACAUUUGGCAGCAAAACAUGACAACUGGAUUAUAGUUAAAAAUCUUCUUGAGAAAGGAUGUGACAUAAACCAGCCUGACAGUGAGGGAUUUUAUAUUCUUCACAGACUUGCACAAAGACAAGAUUCCUUGAGAUACGAAAACAAAUCAAAACCCAUCUUUCAGAUGCUUCUUGAGAAAGGUGCACGUCUGUUUGUUCGCAAUAAGAGUGGUGAUACAGUCUUGCACGUGGCAGCUAAACAUGGAAAUUGGGUGGUUGUAAGUCAUCUUAUUGAUGAAGGAGCCGAUGUAAAUGAGCUUGACAGUGAGGGAUUCCACAUUCUUCAACGACCUGCUAAAGAGCCAGAAGACAUGGAAAUGAUACUUGCAAAAGAUUUAAAUCUCGAUCUUAACUGUCCAAACAUCGGAAUGGCACUAAAAAUGGGUGUGAAACAGCAACAGUGGAAUUUUGCCAAACAACUGGUAGAGCUUGGCACAGAUGUUAAGAAACUUGAUUUUAAUGUCCUUUAUCUUAUUGCCACACAGAAAAUAGAUGAUGGAAGGGAAAAUUGCACUGCUUUUAUCAAUCUUUUAUUAAUGAAGGGUGCAGAUGUUACUGCACGCUGUCCUAGAGGGGACUCAGUUUUUCACUUAGCUGCCAGACAUGACAACUGGGAGAUAAUCGAGCAGAUAUUUGCUCAGAGGACAGGUGGACUAGAAAAUGUUGAUGAACCAGACAGUGAAGGAUUUACUAUCCUUCACAGGCUGGCUACAAGCAACAGAGGGGAACACUUUAUAAGAAUUCUCCAGUUUCUUCUUGAUAAUGGUGCAAAAUGUGACAAACUAUGUCCCUCUGGUGACAGUGUCAUGCAUUUGGCUGUAAAGCACAACAACUGGUAUGUAAUAGAGGAACUGUUAUCACGUAAGACCAAAUCACUGUUAGUUUCAUCUGCUCAAAAUAAACGCCUUAAAGUAGAGCACAACAGUCAGACAGACCAACAGUACCUUAAAAAAAGGGAAAGAAGAAAAGGCUCAAAAACAGGAAAGAGACAAAUCAAAGGCUUUAUGGGGAAGAGCAUAAGAGUAGCUUUUAACAUCAAUGCCAAAGAUGCUGAUGGGAACACAGUCCUUCAUCUGAGCAUCAAAACGAAGAAGUGGAGUCACGUCUAUAGACUUUUGAUGUGUGGUGCUGAUGUCAGUUUACCAGAUAAUGAAGGCCACACUGCCUUUUACUGGAUGGCUGCUGUUCAUGAUGAAAUGGUUAAUGAUCCGUCCAUGUGCAGUGUACUUGAAAUCUUUAGAGAAAGAGCCCCUGGAACAACAGAAAGAGAUGAAUUUGGCGAAACACUGAUACAGGUUGCAGCCAGAAACAAGAAUGUUGAAGUUGUUGAAUUAUUGCUUGACCAUCUGGACGAUCUCAACAUGAGAGAUCUGGAUGGUCUAACAAUUCUGCACAGAGUUGUCCAAUGUGUAUCACCUGUGUCUUUGAAAAUUGUAAAGAGUUUGAUACAGAGAAAGGCAGAUAUAGAAAUGACUGGUCCAAAAGGUGACACUGCCCUUCAUCUUGCAGCUCAGUGUGGUAACUGGGAUGUCGUGCAAGAGCUGCUAGAGAAUGGGGCCCAGGCUGGUAAAGCUGACAACAAAGGAUGGUGUGUUUUACACAGACUGUUAAUGCAUAAAUUUACCUCCAAACCAGUAAUUUCCUCACAUCAGUUAAAUCCCUGGCAGAACAGCCUGAGGAAUACCAGUGAAAGGAAGCUGCCGCUUGUUAAAUUAAUGGUUACUACUGGUGCCAAGAUUUACAAGAGAUAUAAAAAUGGCUUGACGGCACAACAACUUGCAUUGAGUGAAAGAGAAUGGGAAGUUUUGCAGUUCUUUCUCAAGAGUGAACGUAAGAAGUUUUGGAAGAAAAGGAAGUUGGUUUUUCAUGAGCUAGCUAAGGAUACUAGGGUAGAUGUUCAAAGAGCAAAAUCAGUUACUCAACAGCUGCUGACUAUUGGCUACAAUAUCAAUGAAUGUGAGAAACAAGGUGACACGCCCUUGAACCUGGCAGCUAACUAUGGCAACUGGAAAGUUGUUAGCGUGUUUUUAAAUCAUGGUGCUGAUGCUAGCAUACCUGACAGCGAGGGAUAUUUUGUGUGUCACAGGCUGGCAUUAGACUAUAGAACCGCAAGACUUUCUGUAGAAAGAUUGUCAUCCAUUUUGUUGUUACUUAAAAAGAAUGGGUUUGAUGUCAACCAGACGGGACCAGACGGAAAGAGCUGUGCACAACUGGCAAUAGAGAGGAAGAGGUGGGCGUUGCUUUGGCAUCUAGUAGAGUGUGGAGCAAAAUGCUGCUUUACUUUACGUGAAAAGAAAAUAACUUUAAAAAAUAUGUUCAGGAUUGCAAGAAAUACCAAAGAUGAAAAAACGUUGAAAAGUUUGAUUUUGCAUCUCAUGGAAAAAGAUGAUGAUUCUUGCCAAACUCUUGCAAAGCGUGAACUGGCAUCUCUGAAAGUAAGUGUCUUGCAUAGCAACUGGGCUGCAGCCAGAAUGCUUGUAGAAUGUGGUGUUGACAUCAGAGUAAAUGAUGGCAGUACACUCAUGAUGCAUUCUCUUAUUUCAAAAUAUCGCCACUGUGAUCACAUGAUGUGGCUGUCUUUUCUGGACACAUUACUGGCGCGAGGCGCCGAUAUCAAUAGUCGAGAUAAGUAUGGAAAAACAUUAUUGUUUCAGAUUUGUGCUCAGCAUUGUCAGGAUGGUUUUGACUUGCUCAUUCAUUCACUACUUGACAGAGGAGCUAAUCCUCUUCUUGCUGAUAGUACAGGGAAGUCUGUGCUUAGAUGUAUUUUGGAUCUCGAGAAAAGCCUGGUCUUAAAAGCCCUUGUACUCAUCAUACAGCUUGGUGUGUCUACUUAUCAGCCGACCUUGACAGAAACGGCUAAAAACUUGGACUACGUCAUGGGUCUUGAAGCAUCUCCUACACAAGAAGCUCUUAAAAAGAAGAAUGUCAAGGUCCUAGAGAUGCUAGUUGAAUCAGGCGCCAGCUCGAACAGGGAAUUAUUUGAGCUCAGUACACAAUAUCAAGUACAGCUUUCCUCAGAAGACAUGACAGGAGACGAGACACAGAUGCUGGACAUUCUGAAGCGUGCUGCCAGUCAGCCUCGGUCUCUCAAGUCUUUGUGUCGCCUGACUGUGUCUCACACUCUUGGCUGUGGCGUUCGCAGGAUAGACAGAGUUAAGUCCCUUCCUCUUCAGGAUACAUUACAAGAUUAUAUGCUGUUCUCUGAUUUACUUUCUCUCUACUCUCAGAGCAAAGAGUCUAACAUGUCAGAAAACUCAUUGUCUGAUGAUUAUGAACAGCACAAUUACUUCCAUCGUGGCUACUCUUAUGAUUUAGACUACAACUAUAGAAGGCGAUUUUACUAUAACUAUUAGAUAUCAAAUAGCUCUGUUUUGUACACCGUCUUGAGCUAUGACAAUGCCAUACAUUAUCAGUACUGCUUCCUUCCUUGUCAUCUGCUAGUAACUGGGUCCUAAAUCUUACUUCCAAACACUGCAUUAAGUGCCUUUUUUAACAAAGAAUUUUUUGUAUUUAUAACAUAUGCUGGUCUUGUCUGUGUAGUCUUUAAAUUACUUUAUAGAACCCCAGACUUCACUAGGAUAAUUACUAUCAUGGUUUAAGAACAUUUUUAAAAAAAUCCUUUAACACUGAUAUACAUUGAUGAUGUGAGCAGCUACAUUUUGGGGCUGUUUUAUUUACUUUCAUAGCGUUGUUACAGUCUCAACUCCUUAUCUUGCCAACCACAUAUAACCCUCUCUCUCUCUCUCUGCACUUUGUGGCAGUGUGGAUUUUAUCCACAGCUAUCCCCAGUUAUACAUCAUGGACCCUCUUUAUGCUGCGAAUCUUGCUUCUCCCCCAACAUUUGUUUUGGAGGGAUUGUGAUGAUAGAAUGAAUUCGGACUGUAUUUCAAUAUAUUGCUGUCUUAUUAUAUCCCAGUUAUAUUUUGAAUAGUGAAAAAUUGAUAAAAAAAGGCAGAACAUUUAGAUCAUGUUGGAAAAUGGUUCAACCCGUUGGAGGGAGUUGAGGAGCACACAGUGCCGGUUACCAUAGUCAUCAUUCUCUGCUGAUUGCGUUCAUCUAGCCUGACAAGAAGUAGCUUUUCUUCAUUGCUGUUUUAAGGCUUGUUUAUGACAGAAAUUUUAUACAGCAAACUAUUCAAUUUUUCAGGGAAAGUGAAAGGCAAUUGAGAGGAUUAGGCACUUUCAUCCUCAUAUUUUUGCUUCUCAAAGCCAGUUACAGUUUCACUCAUCUUAUAAGUUAAACCCACUUGGAAACCUUUACAAGAGAAAAGUUUUAUUUAAGAGACAUAUGAAGGUAUUUAUACUUCAAGACAUAAUUCUGUCGACAUUUAAAAAAAGUCUGACUGAACUAAGGUAGGAUGUUAGGUGGAUACCAGUUAGUCAUAUUUGAUCAAAGAGUUAAAAUGUUUGCUAAACAUCAAUUUAAAACGUAAUUUUUAAGAAAAUACUUUGCUGCCCUCUUUCUCAUAUGAUUGGGAUAUUGAUAGGGUGAUU